AUUUUGAAAGUCUUUUCUGCCAGUGGUCUCUGUGGCUUCACAUCCCAUAUUGGGACUCUUAUUUUGAAAAUCUUUCGUGUCAUUGGUGUUGAUGGCUUCACGUGAAAGAGUAACAAGGCGCUAAAAUACAGGGAAUCUGUGGCCUAAUAGAUAAUUGGCAUUUGUGGCUUAUAAAUCUAAGACCAGAAACAACAUCACUCAUCAUUUAGAAAGACAGGCUUCAGGAUGCCCCCAGUGUCUGAAGUGGACAUGAGUCCUGUUAAAGAAAGCUCUGAUGGGCUGACACGGUCAGACUGCGUGUGUACCAUCUGUCUGGACAUAUUUAUGGAGCCUGUCACCUUACCUUGCACGCAUACGUUUUGCAAACCCUGCUUUCUGGAGACCGUGGACAAGUCUAACAUGUGCUGUCCUCUUUGUCGGAAACGAGUGUCCACUUGGGCACGACUCAAUAGCCGGAACAAGACUUUGGUCAAUAUGGAGUUUUGGAGACGCAUACAGAAUGCUUUUCCAGAGGAAUGUGAGCGGAGAUUACAGGGAAUCGAAGAUGUUGAUGUUGACAUGAUGAUUCCAAGGCCUCGGGUGUGUCAGCCAGGAGAAGUGAGAAGAGAGUAUGAGGAUCAGAUAAGUAAGCUGGUGGAGGAGAAGCGAGCUUUGGAAGAGGCCGAGAGGAGAGCCAGUGAGGAGUACAUUCAACGCCUCCUAGCCGAAGAGGAGGAGCCACUGGUGGAGGCAAAGAGAAGACAGGAGGAGCAGCAGCUAGAGAAUGAUGAGAGAUUGGCCAGACUGCUCAGUCAAGAGCUGAAUUCAGGACCAAUCUCUGAGUCAUCUUGGAACAUAAAGCCUGUUGAUGCUACGCCAUUAAAGAAAAAGAAAACAACAGGAGGUGAUAUUGAGAAGUUUCUACGUCCAGUGCCUCAUAAACAGCCAAACAGUGACAGCAGCCCAGACUCCUCUAUUAUGGCUAAUAAGGAAAACAUUCUGAACCAUCCAAAAACCCUCCUUUCCCAAUCUGAGAAGAACAUGGCUGACCAGAACAUGCCUGUGCUGGACUACUAUGGCAAACCUUCAACCUCAAACUCUAACUCUGACUGCUUAGAACAGACGUACAACAGUCCAAACAACACUACAUCCAAACGAAAGAGUUCAGAGAUAGAGGUGGAAACUGAAGAAGAUCUACUCAAAAAAAGACCUUGUGCUGAUCCAAGCUGUGAACAGGCACUAGUGGAAAGCCCCGUCCUAUCAGAGAUGGUGUGGUACGAGGAGGCUCUGCGGAGCCGCUGGCAGCAAGAGGAGGAGGAUCGGCGGCUGGCGAUGCGACUUCAGAAAGAGUUGAACCGUGAUAACAGCGUGGACCGCAGAAAGGGUUCGGCCGAUAGCUAUCAGCUUAGGCAGAAGAACAGCAUGGCUUCUCCGAGCUCAAACCCGGAUGAGGAAAGUACGAGAAGGAACAGUGCAACAAACACAAGGAGCUCCACAGGACGGAGGGAAGACAAGGAGAAAGCUGAUAAGAAACUGUCUGGAACAAGCGCUCAUCAAGUAGGGACAACUUCUGGGAAAUGUACGGUGUCUUCUCCUCCAGCAACAACAACAACAGUUCAAUCCACUCCUCUUAAGAAAGGGACCAAGCAGACCACCCUUACUGAAAUGUUUACCAACAUGAGCAGCUAAAGCUGUCCUCUCUAGCCUUAGACUGUUUUCUUUUAUACUCCAAGGACUACAAAUCACAACUUAAAAAAUGUUGUUAUGGGCACUGCUGCUAAUAAAGAAUGUUGUGUAAUCUUUA